AUGCAAAGCAGAUAUGAGAGAAAGUGCGAAAACAUUUAAUCCCAACAGAUUUAACACAAUGCACGAACAGUAAACACAUAAUGUUUGACACUAUUUAUGAGAAUGUGAAUUUGACUGUGAAUCUGAAUUGAAUGUGAAAGAAAAAUCAAUUGCCAAGUCAAAAUUCAUUUCCACAUGAAAAAUAUAUUUCAACAUUAUCAAGUAUUUCCAAAGCCGCAUUUUCUAUAUUAUAAACAUUUAUUGAUAACCCAAUAUUAUGUCAACAUUUGUCUCAUUUUGUUUCCAUUUUAACCCUUUGAUGCAUGUUUCCAAUUCCCAUCCCCACAAUUAUUAUAUUCUAGUUUAUAUUGGAGUUGACAGUGGACAACUCUCAAAAUAUAUCAUUUUGAUGAAUAAAUCAAAUCAAUAAAAAAAAAGCUUAAAAAAAGAAAUUCAAUAAAUACUAAUAAAGAAACAAUAAAACAUAUAAAUAAAUAAAUAAAACAAUGAAUAAAUAUUAUAAAAUGAAUAUAUAAUAUGUCCACUGCAAAGUUGACACGCACACAUCUUAUGCGAUAAUUCAUUUAUUCAAAAAGGGCAAUUCCAACUGUCUUUAAAACAAAAACCUUUUCAAUUGUCUAUUUUAGGCUUCCUAUAUCUUUUGAUCUGAUACUCAUGGACUGGUGUCAUGCAGAGGAAUCUGAUGACAGUGACGACAAUGAUAAUGAUGAUGAUGAUGAUGAUGUGUGUGUGUGUGUGUGUGUGUGUGUGUGUGUGUGUGUGUGUAUAAUUACGGAUGAAUGAAUGAGAUGAAUGACAGAAUAUCUGGAUAUCAUGCUGAUGCUGUGAAUUAUUAUGCAGCAUGGCUAGUACAUCAACAGAGGUCUUUCCGUUCAAGGACCAAGAGCUCCCUGCUCACCUCCUGUUUCAGUUGAACAUAUUGAGACAUGAGCAGAUCUUUACCGAUGUGAUCUUGUGCACUGAAGACAGGGAGAUCCCUUGCCACAGGAACGUCUUGGUUUCCAGCAGCCCAUACUUCCGAGCCAUGUUCUGCAGCAGCUUUCGGGAGAGCAGCCAGGCUAGAGUGGACCUGAAAGGGAUCACAUCGGACGUCAUUGAAUGUGUUGUGGAUUACAUCUAUACUGGUACCAUCACCAUCACCAUGGAGCUUGUGCUGCCCCUGAUGCAGGCGGCCUCCAUGCUGCAGUACGGGAGGCUCUUUGAGGCCUGCUCCACCUUCCUACAGGAACAGCUCAAUCCGGAAAACUGCCUGAGCAUGAUCCGGCUCUCAGAGAUCCUUCACUGUGAAAGCCUCAAGGAGAGAGCCAAAGAGAUGGCCGUGCGGUGUUUCUCGGAUGUAGCUGCUUCUGAGGACUUCUGCGAACUUUCCCUUCCUGAGCUAAUGUGUUACCUGGAGGACGACCGACUGUGCGCGGAGGAGGAGCAGGUUUUUGAGACGUUACUUGCUUGGAUCCACCAUGACCCCUUCUCCCGCCGAGGAGCAAUUCACGACCUCUUCAAGAAGGUCCGGUUGCGGUACAUCCAUCCGACGUACCUCUUCCAGUUUAUCGCCAAUGAUCCGCUCGUCCAGUCAUCUACGCUGUGCACUGAGAUCAUUGAGUCUGUGCGACGUCUGAUGUUUUCCGUAAGCGCCAAAUGCGCUCGAGAGCUGAAGCCUCUCUGGACCACACCGCGUCGCUACACGUGCCGGGAGACUCUGGUGGUGGUUGGAGGCCGCAAAAACAACGAACAGACGUCUCGGGAGGCACUUCUCUACGACGAAAGGACACAACGUUGGCAGUGGCUCGCUAAACUACCUUUGCGGCUCUACAAGGCGGCGUAUGUCUGUAUUCACAGCAUUCUGUACGUGGUGGGUGGCCUCAGUCUUAGUCUGGUAUCUGGAGACAGUGCGGUUAGUGCCACGGUGUACACCCUCUCAUUGAAGACAAACCAGUGGAGGACCGCCGAACCCAUGCUAGUGCCACGGUAUGCCCAUCAAUGCGUCUCCUACCUUCACUUUAUCUUCGCUCUUGGUGGAAUAGGGCCGAAUAAGCAGAUCUCAAAUACAGUAGAGCGCUACAACAGCAUGUUCAAUCAAUGGGAGGCCAUGGCGCCGAUGCCCACAGCAGUCCUACACCCUGCAGUGGCGGCCAACGACCAGAGGAUUUAUGUGUUUGGAGGCGAGGAUGCCUUGCAGAACCCAGUGAGGCUAAUACAGGUUUAUCACAUCUCCCGCAACUUGUGGUCUAGACUGGAAACCAGGACAGUGAAGAAUGUCUGCGCACCUGCUGCUGUGAUAGAAGACAAGAUUUACAUUGUUGGAGGAUACACAAGAAGAGUGAUUGCCUACGACACCAAAGCUAAUAAGUUUGUGAAGUGCGCGAACAUGAAGGAGAGAAGGAUGCACCAUGCGGCCACAGUCAUCAAUAACAAACUCUAUGUGACCGGAGGACGCUUCCUCAAUGCUCAUGAUGUCAUCGAGGACUCCGACUGCUUUGAGUGCUAUGACCCUAAAACAGACGUGUGGACUUCUAAAGGAUCUUUACCGUACAAACUAUUUGAUCACGGUUCACUAUCGCUGAUCUGCGUCUCCAACCGCCCCAACCACCCCAACCCACCAUGAUUGCUUAGAAGGUGCAACAUCUCUGCUUGGGCAUCCCGUUCGCUCCCCUGCUCAUUAAGGGAAAUGAAAAAUAUGGGGCCACAGCUGAGACUGGAAACCAUCUGAGGAAGGUUGCAUUCGUUUGUGGGUUGAGUAUAUCUCAGCUGUGGCUUUGAUGGUAUGCUGCUGGUGCUCGCCAGCAUCUGUGCCGUCUUAAAUCAAAAGAGAUUUGAGUUGGCAAUUGCAAGUGUCACAGUGGACCUCAGGGAGUGAGCCCAGGACCUCAGAGCAAAACGGCAGACUUAUGCAAUGCACGGCUGUCCCUACAGAACUGUGACCCAGAAAUCUUCAGACAGAUGUUUUUCAUCAGAACAGCUUGGGCAGCAAAAUUUUAGUCAAUAGUGCCUUGUUAGCCUGAAUUUAAUUGGAAUGCAGGAGAUGUGAUGAUCUUUUAAGCCAGUGUAAAAUCUACAAGCUUUAGGACAUGACUGUGAUGAAGUAAUUGGUGAAGUGAAGAGAACAUUCCCUCAGAGCUAUGGUGUGUGGUCAGAUCUAUGUAAUUAACAAAGGCCAAAAACAAACCUAAUGGAUCAUGAAAUGCUUGAUGUACCAUGUACGCUAAAAGUAUGUGGACACCUGCUUCUAAUUAACAGAGUUUACUGUUUCUGCUAAACACACUAUUAACAGAAGCAUAAAAUCAAGCAUACAGCUAUGCAAUCUGCUAAGACGAACAUUUUCAGUAUGGGGCCUGUGUCUGUUCCUGCAGGAUAAUGUGACAGUGACAGUUCCUUACCUGUUGUAAUGAAUCAACUAAAUUAAAAAAUAUGAUGUCAGUUUUAAUUAAUAA